AUGAACUUGGAUAUCCUUGAGAGCCUUCUGAAGAAGAGAAAAGAAACAGAAAAAGAAAACAAGAAAAUAAAGUGCAAUGAAAGAGAAGAAAGCGCAGGAGAACAAAACAAGAGUGCAUUCGAGCCAUUUGCAUACUUAGAUGCAAUAAGACAAUCUAAGAGCACGAACUUAGACAAUGCGAGCGAUACUCCAAGAAAUGGCAGUGAGAGUGAAAGAGAGAAAAGUAACAAAGAUAGUAGAGGCAGUGAAAGUAAUGGAGAUAGAAAUGAAAGCAGCAGUGAAUUUAAUAAGAGCAGAGUUAGUAGAACGAGUGAAAGUACCAUAAAAAGUAGCAUAAACACUAGCAUAAACAAUCAUAACAGCAAUUACAGUUUUAAUGAUAAUAAUUCUACUGCUAGCACAGAUAACUGUAUAAAUAUAGAGAAUCUGUCGAGCAUUCUACUAAGUGAUGAUGUCUCUAGUGAGAUGUGUCUUGGGGAAAUACCUACCACCCCCGACAUGCUGCAAAAUAUCACUGAUGAUCUAGUAGCAAGCCGCAGUAUGAGCAAUGUGCACUCGCAAAGUACACCUCUGCUCUACAGUAAGGCAGCGAGCAACAAAGGAGGGAUAGUUGGAUAUGCUGGAGCAAUAAAUCACAUGAACGACGAGCCAUCUUAUCUGAGCACACAAACACCAAUUACCAGCAUAGAAGGAAAGCUAAAUGGCUUUAAAGAAAACAGUAUCUACACUGAUUAUAUCUCCAUCAGAGAGAUAAGAAACUCAAAGUCUCUAAAGAUGGACGGAAAAGUAUUGGGCUACAUCACAAAAGACACGGCAUCCGACACAGCAGGAAGCAUUAUUAUAACAGAUGGAGUGGAUGAGAUAGAAUGCGCUGUUUGUCCGAGUGCAAUAGAGAGGUACAAGCUAGAGAAAGACUCUAUUGUUCUAAUUGCAUCGCCGUCUGUGUGGAGACUCUCUUACACUAGUAAUAACUGUAUACUGAAUGUAGUUGUAGAGAAUAUUGUAUCAGUUAAUAAAUAG